GCUCAGCCCUUGAUAGUGAACAUAGGACCUAAGGUAUUACCAAAUACCAUUUUUUCAGUAUAGUAAAUACUAUUAGUUGCGAAUACCGCCUGUCCUCUUCUGAGAUAUUCAUUUAUCACCGUUUGUCUUUACAUUUUUCUAAGUACCUCCAAUGACGAAGCAUUCUGGCUCUUCUAUGCAUCGGGUUCCCUCGUCUGGGGCUGUCGAACACGGCUACCCGCAGGGACACCUCGGACACCUCACCGAGCACGAAGAACAAGCCUUCGUAGAAUUCAAGACACUUGUAGAGCAAAAGGGUUUAUACAAGCCGGGGAAUCCGCCAUCUCAUGACGAUCCUACACUACUUCGAUUUCUUCGAGCACGCAAGUUCGUCCCGGAAGACGCGUAUGCGCAAUUCAGCGAAACAGAAAAAUUUCGUAACGCAAAUCAAGUCGAAAUUCUCUACGAUACAAUCGAUAUCGACUCGUUCGAGGCAACUAGGAAGCUUUACCCUCGAUUUACCGGUCGACGCGAUAAGCGAGGUAUUCCAAUCUACGUAUUCCAAAUCCGACAUCUCGAUUCCCACGCAGUCGCCAAAUAUGAAAAGUCUACCGAAACGACGUAUAGUAGGGCCAAGACGGACGGCAAGACGCAGCCCAAGCUGUUACAAUUAUUUGCGCUGUACGAGCAUCUGACAAGAUUUGUCCAACCUCUCUCGUCCGAGUGUACCGACCGCCCGCACCCCGCUACUCCUAUUACCCUCAGCACCAAUAUCGUCGACAUCUCCCACGUCAGUCUGCGCAUGUUCUGGAACUUGAAAGCCCACAUGCAGGCGGCCAGUCAGUUGGCCACUGCUCACUAUCCCGAAACUCUUGACCGUAUCUUCAUAAUCGGUGCGCCCAUGUUCUUCUCCACCGUAUGGGGCUGGAUCAAGCGCUGGUUCGAUCCUGUGACCGUAUCCAAGAUUUUUAUUCUUCAGGAACAAGAUGUGUUACCUGUUCUCACAACUUUCAUGGACAUAAAGAAUAUUCCGAAAGCGUAUGGCGGUGAGCUCGAUUGGGACUUCUUUGAUGAGCCUGCUUGGGAUGACGAAGUGAACCGGAUAUGCCAAUUUGAGAACGGACAUACUACCCUCCCUCGAGGCCCAGUAUACUGGAAUACGAUUGACGACGGCAAGCGACUCGAAUGCAUCGCGGUAGGUACUAAGAACGGGGUCGACCGGAAAGAGCGCAUCUGCACUAUCACGAGGGCUUACCCGCCCAAGUCGGCCGAGGAUACUUUUGUCUCUGCCGCGGGGUCCCAAACCGGCGACGCGACGGAAGUUGAUGAGUCGUCCGUGUCGCCCACCGAGAAGGCCAUUAUUAACGGCGAAGUUCCGACGGCGAACAUUGCGGCAUUGUCAAUCUCUGACGGAAAAUAAUUAUGACAUAAUUCAGACAGAAUUAUGUUACAGAGGGAGCUUAUGAAGUCAACCAAUUACACCGGAGUUGGACUUUCAUCCUCAAUUGGUAAUACCCAUCUCGAAAUUGGAUAUAAUUUUCUUGGAAGAUAUAGACAUAAGAGGUAUAAAUGCAGGUACCUUAAGUACCUCUUACCUGUAGGUACUGAUAUUUCCUAAGACUUGGGAACGGUCGUUGGCGCAUAACCUUUGUAAUUAUUGAAAGAGGGAACACUUUUGUUUUAUGGGAUUAGGCAUGGAUUGUUUGUAUAGGUACCU